AUGCAAGCCAUGGUUCAGUCCAACCUGUCCAGACGGGUCAACACCGGGCACAGAGCCGUCGAGGCAAAGACAAUGCUACCGACGCUUGCGGCUGCGCUCCGCACCAUCUUUGGCAGCUGGGUCAACCCUCUGCCCGACGUCCCGUACAUCUCCUGCUUUCCCACCCUGGGCUUCUUAUCGGAGCGAUGGUCCCAUGAUCUUUAUCACACAUCCAUGGGUGCCUUGUUUGACGUCGCAGCGCAAGAAGGGAUCUCCUGGACCCUGAUUGGGGGCCUGCCUGUAGUCUACCUUCGAGAUCCGGUCCUGAUCCGGCAGCUGUUCGUCCAGAAUGCUGACUCCAUCAGCCAAUGUGGAAGCAAGACCAAAGGCCCCUUUGGUACCAGCAAGCGCAUUGUUCGCAAUGCACUGAUCACCGCCGACGGUGAGGUUGCCAGGCAGUGGCAUGCGGAUAUGCCUCGGGGCUUUCACAACCGACUGCCCCUGGAAGUGUUCCACCCGAAGCUCGUUGCGAUCGCGAGGCGCCAUGUCCAAGCACUUCUGCAGGCGGGCACGGGCGACAACCUGCAGCUCUACCUCCAAAACUACGCCCUGGAUACGGUGUGA